AUGGAACAUUACAAUCAAAGGAAACGAUUGGCCACGGCUCCAAGAUUGCCCUUGAAGGAAACCAAUGGUAAUAUCCCAUCUCCAGUGCUAAAGAAGGCACGGAUAUCUCGUGGUCCUGGACUUGUAGGAUCGUUAACCAAUCGACCCGUACUUACACCAACAAAUCUGCAUAAUGUGAGAGCUGGUAGUGGCACUAAUACUGUCGCCGCUGCUGGAGGCUCGAAAACCACAACCCUUGUUGGGGAAGAAUUGGUACAAUGGCAGGCUGAUUGGAGACGUAUUAUGAAGGUGAGUACAGCAUAUUUUGAUACACAAGGGUGUGAUGCCAAUAGUGUUUCUCAACAAAAUGAACAAAAACGAGCUGGAAGAGCAUUGAGAAUGGUAGGAUGUAAUUUGGCUAGAUUUUAUGAUCGUGACGUUACUAUAAUCAUUAGUAGAAGACCAUAUAAUGCUCAAAGAGAAUAUCCAUCAAAUGAUAUAUUUCAUGAUGCUCAAACUCAAAAGAUUAAAGUAUGGAAUUAUGAUAAGGUUUUCCGGUUCCUUAAAAAUAUUGGAGUUGAUCCAAAUGCUACCAAUGUGAUGUCUACAUCUACCGCAAUCAAUGGAGCAUCUACAACCACUGCACCUGCUGAAUUGUACAAUUUACUUAAAGAAGAAAAAAUCUUUGGAGCUAAUGAUCGUGAUCCAAAUGCAAGAAGAGAUGAUUUACAUUAUCUUGAACGAAAUUAUUUGUAUGUCUAUGAUUUGAGUCAAACAGUAAGACCAAUUGCUGUUCGUGAAUGGUCAGACCAUUCAUAUCCCGUUCUUAGUUUAACAUUGGAUGGGAAAUGUCCAUUUAUUUUAGAGGCUGCAAAUGAACAAAAUCUGGAAAGACGGAAACUUCGUCGAAUUCAAAAAUUUGAAGCAUCUAAAACUUAUCGAGAAUUAUUGAAACAAGCUACAUUAAAGAUUGUAAAUGAUGGCAGUAAUCAUCUGGGAGAAUUGGGAAGUUCUUGCAGUACCGAUAGAACGGUAGAACAAGAAGAAGAUGAAGAAACACGAGGCGAAGUUAGCCAAGUCGAAUCAGAAGGUGAUGUUGCCAAUCAAGAAGUGGUUCAUGUAGUUGAAGACGAAGAAGAAGAUGUGACUACAGUUCAACCAAGUACAUAUUUCUUUAAGGCACCAUUAGCACGUCAAUCGUCAGUAUUGCAAGCAAAUGAUUCAAAUUCGAAAUAUUUCGAGGCUGCAGCAUCCGGGUUUAAUGGAGCAUCCAAUGCAGCACAGUGUCUGAUGGACUCAACCCUUAAUAGCAAUGCCGUAGGGAAUGGGCUUGGACCCAGUGUUUCACAAGUUCCCUCGAAAAAUGUCAAUAAUUUGAAACGACGCAUAUUCAUGAAGAAACAAAAACAAAAGCAAAGUAAUAAUCAUCACUUUGAGAAGGAACAACGAGAAAUGAAACCAGGAUAUUGUGAGAAUUGUAGAGUUAAAUAUGAUCAUUUUGAUGAUCAUAUCCUCACAAAUAGACAUCGUAAUUUUGCCUGUGACAACAAGAACUUCAAAGAUAUAGACGACCUUAUUUUUACAUUAAAUGAGAGCAAGAAGUUUGGAUUUGUUACUUCAAAUGGUGACUGGGCAUGA